AUGGAUCCCGUGAAUGCUUGGGGAAACACACCUCUGAAAGCAGUGGACUCAGAUAUCCACGAUCUAAUUGAGAAGGAGAAGCGUCGUCAAUGCCGUGGCAUCGAGCUCAUUGCUUCCAAGAACUUCACCUCCUUCGCUGUCAUUGAAGCCUUAGGCAGUGCCCUGACCAACAAAUACUCAGAAGGCAUGCCCGGUAACCGAUGCUACGGAGGUAACGAAUUCAUCGACGAGAUCGAGAAUCUCUGCCGAUCUCGAGCCCUCCAAACCUACCGUCUCGACCCAACCCAAUGGGGUGUCAAUGUACAGCCAUAUUCAGGUUCACCGGCUAACUUCGCUGCCUACACCGCUGUGCUUCAACCACAUGAUCGUAUCAUGGGUUUGGAUCUUCCAUCUGGGGGUCAUUUGACACAUGGGUAUUAUACCUCUGGUGGGAAGAAGAUCUUUGCUACCUCCAUUUACUUCGAGAGUUUGCCUUAUAAGUUAUUUCCGUUGGUUGACUGA